AAAAAACAACGCUGGGAGCGGUGACGGAUUAUCAGAAGUAUCCGGCUUUCUCUUUGAUUGAUGGUCCGGUUAAAGGUAUGUGUGUGUAUGAUCUACAUUAGAAGAGACCUGUGAAGAAGAAAGAUGAUGCCUGUAGUGAAGGAACAUCAGGGCUGACAGUGGCGGUCCGAUAGUUCAUGCUUUUAGUGUAGUUCAUGUGUGGUCUUGUCACCAUGCAGUCGGUGGGCCAGUAUCUUGCCAGCUUCGCGUACGAUCUGAUAUUCUUCAGCAGUGAUGUUCAGACAACAACCAUCGCCAUGGCGAUAACCGGCUCACUGUUCUUCUCAAUCCUGUGGGCUGUGGUUCACCUCGUCACACUGGCACAGGACAUGCCGGUGACGCGGCGACGCUCGAAGGGAAGUAUCCCAAAACUGAUACCGUAUUCUCAGCUUAACGUGGUAACAUCAAAGUCUGUAAACAAGCAGUCCAAUGGCGUAUACAACAGCCGGUGUCGACAGCCUGCUGACAAACAUCUUGCUCAUUUGUCGGCUGGUGUACAGAAGAAAGAAUCUCAUCAAAAACAUGUCUCGGUGUCAACACUCGUGGAUUUAAGUUACCACCAGUUAGACAGUGUUCCACAGCGACUCUGUUUUCUUGGAUCACAGCUGAGAGAGUUGAAUCUGUCCAACAACAACCUGUCCAAUCUUCCAACAGACAUUGUCUGUCUGCAGGGCCUCACCAGUCUCGAACUGGCUUCAAACAAACUGACACACAUUCCAGUAACACUGAGGACCCUACAUUGUUUGUCGUUCCUUGACCUUCAGAAAAAUAACCUCAAACACAUUCCAGAUUCACUGUGGACGCUGCCAAGUUUGAAGUGUCUCAACGUGGAGGAAAAUGAGCUCACAAAUCUGUCAGACAAGAUUGCACAUCUAUCUACAUUAGAAGAAUUGUUUUUAGGAUACAACCAGCUAACCAGCCUUCCACAGUCUGUUGGAUGUUUGCUCAACCUCAGGAUCUUAUCUGUAAGGGACAACCCACUGAACAGACUGCCGGACAGUAUUGGAGGCUUACUGAGCUUACAGGUGUUCAACUUGGCGUUUUGCCAACUGGAGAGUUUGCCAGGGUCGAUUGGUGGGUGUGUUUCCCUGGUCAGCUUGGACGUUGGUCACAAUAGAUUAACAAAGCUCCCAUUUGAGAUGGCGGAGUUACAGCAGCUGGACGAGCUGUACCUGACCGACAACAACAUCGUGUGUCUCCCGGCAACCAUGGAGAACAUGAAGUUACACAUGCUCGAAGUUUCAGGGACUCCUAUUUUCCGAUCAGAAUUCACGGACUUGCCUUAUACCUCGAUUAGCAAUACUGAGUCGUUUCCAUCACUGCUUGAGUUAGCAGCCAGGUCGCUGUCUGUUCACAGAGUGUCAAAAACUCACCUCCUGCCUCCCUCACUACAAAAAAUGCUUAAGGAAGAACAGCUGUGUACAUGCUGUCGUUGUCCAGUGUUCCAAAUCUUUCAGUCAAGAAUUCGAAAGGGUUUCAUUGGUAGAUAUUCCCAAGUAGUGCCUCUUUGGGAGGUUUUGUGUUUCCAACACAUUCCCAAUUCUGCAAUGUAGAUACUUGACAAGUAAAACAUGACAGUUUGUGAUCAUUUCCCGACCAGUCAUAGGAGUGAUCUAAAGCCAAAGAAGAAGGUUUGCAGUGUGAACAUUCCCAACAGAAAUGUACUUCAUCAUUUCAGCAUUUUCUUUGAAUAUUUUUUAAAAUUUAGAAAGUAUUUUUUUACAUUUUGAUUUCAUCUUUGAGUUGAAUUUUAGUGAGAUUCUGAGUGUUGAAGUAUAUUAUUAAUAUCAGUGAGACCGUCGACCUGUGUUUUAUCAGUUACAUAUGUUUUUAAUGAAUGUGUAUGGCAUAGUAAUUUGGCUGAAUAGAAGCCUGUUCAGUCAUUUAAUAUUCAUAUUCAUUGUUUUUCAUUUAUAAAGUUCUAUCUCCCUUA